AAGUAUAGAUCUAGUCUACUAUAAAUACUUAGUAUUGCACAAGGCCGAAUAGGACAGAGUUAAAAAUAAGUAACUCCAUGACAGUGCUUGUAGCAAUCUUCUCAUCAGUAAAUGAAAGUGUUUCCAAUUUACAAUUAAUAAGUUAUAUAAAUGCUAUUGUCGCUGAAUUUAAUUGCACAGAAAAAAUAAAAGCAAGUUAACAACUGUUUGUAAGAGAGAGAGAGAGAGAGAGAGAGAGAGGAAGAGAGAAUUGUUUUUAUGAUUACACAACAUUCACUUAGAAGUCUUAUCGUGUAUAAUUAUUGUGACCAUCUAUGAACAACAAACUGGUUUUGCAGUAAUUGUGAAAAAAAGGUGACAAUGUGGUUUUUUAUACUUUUUUAUUUAGUAUUUAUAUUACAAAAAUCCGUAACUGCAAAUGACAUAGUAACAGUGAAAGAAGUGCUAGCUGGACACUUGGCUGAACUCCCAUGCUUAAGUAUUGAUGAACAUCAUCGUUUCAUGUUCUGGCAAUUUGGAUCUAACAAUGUUAUUGGUCCAGGGAAUCCUUUAAAUGAAAAGAAAUAUAAUUAUGAAGUACUGACUGGCAUGCUUCAAAUUAGAGGUGUAUCAACAGCAGAAUCUGGAUUUUAUAAAUGUUUUUCAAAAGGUCUAUUUGACGAUUCUCAAUUAAAAGUUCAUUCUAUUGAAUUAAUAGUUACAAACGAUUGGGAGCAACUUUGGGAAAAUGAUUUUGAGACAAAUUUGUUACGGGGAAUGACUGCUGUUAUGGUAUUAGUGGUUGGUGUAGCUGUCCUUCUUCUAAUUAUUACUGUUAAGAAAAAAAGAAGUCAAAGAUUCUUUGAUCUCGAGGAGUCGAGAGAAAAUUCUCCAGCACGCUAUACAUCAGAUAAUACACCUGGUGUUUCAUCACGUGUCGAGAACGUUGGAAUAGAUAACGCUGUUCUUGACAUUGAUUUUCCUAAAGUAUUUAAACAAAUGCAGAAGGAGCAAGCAAUACCAUAA